UGCACAGCUGGGCAUGUACACACACCUGUGCAUGUACAUACACACCUGCUCCUGCAUACCCGCAUGGACACUCACAACCUUCCCUGGAGGGUUCCGGCUGGGGAGGGUGAGCACAGCUCCCCAUGACAGCAUAUCCCACGCACAUCGUGGCCCAGGGCUGCCCGGGGGCCGUGCCCUCGGCUCGCCUAGCCGGCCUAGGCCUAGUAACGAGCCUGUUCUCCUGCAGGUUAGCAGUCUGAAGCGAUGGGCGACUGGAGCUUCCUGGGGAGACUCCUAGAGAACGCCCAGGAGCACUCCACUGUCAUCGGCAAGGUCUGGCUGACGGUGCUGUUCAUCUUCAGGAUUCUGGUGCUGGGGGCCGCGGCCGAAGAGGUGUGGGGGGACGAGCAGUCGGACUUCACCUGCAACACGCAGCAGCCCGGCUGCGAGAACGUGUGCUACGACCGCGCCUUCCCCAUCUCGCAUGUGCGAUUCUGGGUGCUGCAGAUCAUUUUCGUGUCCACGCCCACGCUCAUCUACCUGGGCCACGUGCUGCACCUGUUGCGCAUGGAAGAGAAGCGGAAGGAGCGUGAGGAGGAGCCGCCAAAGGCCGCCGGCCCGGAGGGGCACCAGGACCCGGCCCCGGUGCGCGACGACCGCGGCAAGGUGCGCAUCGCUGGCGCCCUGCUCCGCACCUACGUCUUCAACAUCAUCUUCAAGACGCUGUUCGAGGUGGGCUUCAUCGCCGGGCAGUACUUCCUGUACGGCUUCCAGUUGAAGCCGCUAUACCGCUGCGACCGCUGGCCCUGCCCCAACACGGUGGACUGCUUCAUCUCACGGCCCACGGAGAAGACCAUCUUCAUCCUCUUCAUGCUGGCCGUGGCCUGCGUGUCCCUGCUCCUCAACGUGCUGGAGAUCUACCACCUGGGCUGGAAGAAGCUGAAACAGGGGAUGACCAGCCCCUUCCGCCCGGACACCCCUGUUUCCAGGGCGGGGUCCGUAAAGCCGGUGGGGGGGAGCCCCCUCCUCCUGCCCCCCAACUCCGCCCCGCCCGCCGUCACCAUCGGGUUCCCGCCCUACUACGCGCCCUCUGCCUCCUCCCUGGGGCAGGCGUCUGCCCCAGGCUACCCCGAGCCGCCCCCGCCCGCGGCCCUGCCCGGGACCCCCGGCACCCCCGGUGGCGGCGGCAACCAGGGCCUGCGCGCCCCGGCGCAGAACUGGGCCAACCGUGAGGCCGAGCCGCAGACUUCGGCUAGGAAGCCCUCUCCGCCCGCGCUGACGCCGCCUGCAGCCGAGAGCCCCGGCGGUGGCCCCCAGCAGUCCCUUCCGGAGGGCGCGGCGGGGAGCUCGGGCGACAGCGACGGGGAGGGGGCGGUGACGGCCGUGGAGCUGCACGCGCCCCCAGAGCCCCCCGCAGACCCUGGCCGGUCCAGCAAGGCCAGUAAGUCCAGCGGCGGCCGGGCCAGGGCCGGUGACUUGGCCAUCUAGCGGCGGCCCAGCGUCCAGGCCCAGGGCGCUCACCGGCGGGGGGCGGCCUGGAGGCGGGAGGGGCUGGAGCGGGUGGAGGGGGCGAGCGAGGGUCGGGUCCGUGUGUCAGUGCUUGCUGUUCCUAGCGCUGUGAGGUAGUGAGGGGCGCAUCCGAGACGGGAGGGGGCACAGGGGC